UAAGCUGGAAGGCGAUUUUACUUCUUGUGUGUAGGAAACCAUUGAAGAUGUUGAAGAGAUGCUCAACAAUCUCCCUGGUGUGACAUCAGUUCACAGUCGUUUCUAUGAUCUCUCCAGUAAAUACUAUCAGACAAUUGGAAACCACGCAUCCUACUAUAAAGACGCUCUACGGUUUCUGGGCUGUGUUGACAUUAAGGAUCUGCCAGUGUCAGAGCAACAGGAGAGAGCCUUCACAUUGGGGCUUGCUGGACUUCUUGGCGAGGGCGUUUUUAACUUUGGAGAGCUUCUCAUGCACCCUGUACUGGAGUCACUGAGGAGCACUGACCGGCAGUGGCUGAUCGACACUCUGUAUGCUUUCAAUAGUGGUGAUGUAGAUAGGUUCCAGACCCUGAAGUCUGCGUGGGGCCAGCAGGUAGGUUUCCCAUACCAUGUGUCUGCUCUUUCAACAAUGAUUCACUAAGCCUCUUCUCUAUAU